GUGCGAACAUGGCGGCGGCUUGGCUCUGCACAGUCAGGACUAAAGUCUGCGUGGCACCAGCUUCUGGGAGAUGUCUGCAGAAGGUACUCUGGACAAGGUCAUGGAGAAGGGGAGAUGCUCGCCCACCCUGGACUUUUGGCACAUGGGAGUGUUUGCAGACACAAAACCAGCAAGUCAGAGGUGUUAACAGUUAUCUCAGGAGACAGCGAGAGUCCAUGUGUCUGUCCCAUUUGGCCACUGCUGCUGUGGUCCAGCAGAAGGCUGUGGAUGGGAGGACAGAAGAGUUCAAACUGGUCUACAGGUUUCCAGGGAUAAAGUACUGCAGGGUCCUGUCCAGACUGAAGCUGUUGCAGACUGCCAUCACCACAGUCACGCUGCCUCCCAUCUGGUACCUCUACCUGCAGAACCAGGUGUCUCAGAAUAUCCUCUUAUACACAACUGGCCUUGCAGUCUUUGCUGGUGCAAUGUUGUACGGUAUGAGCUACUUUUUCAGAAGAAUUAUUGGAUUCAUCUACUUGAGUGAAACUGGCCAAACUGUCAGAGUGGCCCACUUGACAUUCUGGGGAAGACGGAAUGACAUUUACUGUCCCAUAGAGACAGUGGUGACUUUGGAUGAAGUUGGAGACAGAAAGGGAGAGCUGCUUCUCCAGUUCAAACGGCAUAACAGCACAGAUACUUUAUAUUUUACAGUUAAGUAUGGACAGAUUGUAGACAAAGAGAAGUUUACUCAAAUAUUUGGAGAACUUGUGUGAUACAGCACCUCAUUUCCAGUGAUUUUCCGUGUUGCACGUUCAUUGUGCUUAUUGUUCCAUGAGGUUUAAUUAGCUUACCCAACUGACACCCCUGUCCUUUUCCUAUGCAAAGCCUGUUGUAAGUGCACCCAGCGGGGAAAGUCACAGUAGUAAAGAAUAAUCCACUGGAUUAAAUGUCUUUGCAGCUUGUUUAUGGUGUGAGGAGUGUCUGUUCUCCACGUUGGAUUCAGUGAUGUCUGUGUUGUGCUGUGAGAGCAGUUCCCAGUCUGAACUGUCCUCCUUGGAACAUGCACUAGGGGGCUGCAUUAGUGGUGCUGACCCCAACUGUCUCAGCUGGCCCCUUCAGGUGUUGUGAAACAGGAAAGACUCUUAAAGUGAAAUACAGGAGCUGCCAGAGCACCCUCACUCCAAAUCAGUGCUGCUUUUAGCCAAUUCCAGGUUGGUUGGGAAGCCUCUGGAAAUUGAAACUGGUCUUGUGUGUACAUAUGAUGAGUGGUGGUGAAUGUCAGACACAGACAUGCUUAUGUGUUAAUGAAAUGUGAGUUAUGUGCUAAUGAAGCUGGGAAGGAGGUGUGUAAUGCUGUGGAGGGUGGAUGUGGGGUCUCCUGGCAAGAUCCUCCAGGAUGUGAAUGUAACUGGACAAAAGAAGGGGGUGUGCAGCAAGAGGCACUGGCAGCUCAGCUGUAAGGGUAAGUUACAGGCUGGGGCAGCAUUUCAGGAGCCUCUACAGAAAUUGCUGCCCCAUUUAAUCGUAGAAUAGUAAGGGGUUGAAAUGGAGCUUAAGGAUCAUCUUGCCCCAAUGCCCCCUGCCAUGGUCAGGGACACCUCUCACUAGACCACAUUCCUCAAGGUUAUAUCCAACCUGGCCUUGGA